AUGUGGCGGCUAGUCUGGCCGAGCAAGCCGCCCAAUUGUUUUGAUCGGGUGGUCAUAGUUAGUUAUGGUUCCGCGAACCUCAUAAUCCCGUCUGGCGGGCCUGCGCUAUACAAGGGCAGCGGCGGGUACCCAGCUUCACCCAACUUCCGGUACACGACCAUGGCCGAUGAGCAGUCUUCUAUACCCCUUCACGCGCUUCUCUCUAUCAGCUUCUUGGUGAUCGGAGGUGGAAUCUCUGGUCUCACAAGUGCUAUUGCCCUCAGACGCGCUGGACAUCGCGUGCUAGUGCUUGAGAAGGGAAAUGGUAUCAAGAAUACGGGAGAGUCCGGCAUACAUGUGCCCGCGAAUCUCACAAAAGUUUUGUUCAAUUGGGGACUUAAGGACAAGCUACUACAAUGCGGGCUGGUCUCGCACACUAUGUUCCUAACGAAAUACACUACUGGAGAGUUCCUUGGCACACAGGUGUGGGAGGAGGAAGUAUUAAGAGAGACGCGUGGCGAAGUACUGCUAAUGACCCAUCGGAAUCUAGUCAAAGUCCUGUACGAUGCUGCAAUAUCCCUGGGUGCCAAGAUACGUCACAAUGCAGAAGUUGUAGAGAUCGAUGCAGCCAAGCGGCAAGUAACCUUAGCGUCGGGUGAGGUGUUAACGGCCGACGCGAUCGUCGGUGCGGACGGUCCAUCAAGUUUAUGUAGAAAGGCUGUGAUGGAAUCGAGAGACCCAGGGAAGCCACUGGGCAUCUCCAUGUAUGUCGCGACUGUCCAAGAGGAAUAUGUAUCAAAAGACCUCUUCCGUUCAGACGGCCUUAAAAAUAAUGAUCAUGUCCUUCUCGUGGCGUUUGGAAGCCGUCAGUUUGUGAUGAGUUAUCCAAUGGGCAACGGAAAGUACUCGGUACACUUCUAUACGGCGGAUGAUGUCGCCGUGGGACAGUAUGGAGACCCUCCUUCUGCAGACUUGAAGAAAUUAAUGGUCAACUGUGAGCCAAGACUGUUGAGGAUGGCUCAACAUGCGGGACCUGCGGUGCGGGUCGUCAUUAAAAACUAUACUCUCAAGGCAGACUGGAUACACGAAACCGGGCACCUCGUGGUCAUCGGCCAGGCCGCACAUCCUUGGCCGGGCUGCACAAUCCAAGGAAGUGCCAUGGCUGUAGAAGAUGCGGCGGUCCUCGGCAAGCUCUUUUCGCAUCUAAGUAGUGAGGAUCAGAUACCCGACUUCCUCUCCGCGUUCCAAGACCUACGACAGCCACGUGUGAAACAAAUAUUCCCAAACGAGCUCGCAAGCGUGUUCUUUUCUAUGCUUGAGGAUGGGGACCCUCAGCAAGUGCAACGGGAUGAGGCCAUGCGAGCAAAACACAAGUCGGGCGUGUCCGUGCUUGACAAUUUGGACGACAGCCCCGAGUGGGACGAGCUGAGGACGACAUUUAAUUAUGACUGCGAGGACGAAGCGGAUGACUGGUGGCUGAAGUGGGGCCGCUUGCGGGAGCAAGCACGGAGCAGAAAUCCUAAGACAUUGGGUACGAAGUUCGUCAUGGAUGUUCAGGGCGGUGUAACGAACUAG